UCUUGCGUGAGCAUUCUGUGGUGAUGUGAUGUUGAACCUGUGAUCAAGACGUCUGCAAUAUCACAAUAUGUCUGACUAUUUGGAAAUAUUUUUAGAAUUAGCAUAGUCGUAAAUGCAGGAAAUAUCUAUUUCAGAGUUAUAAAUGCCAUGGAUUAUACAUGACAAAUAUAGUAAAUAGAUCGAUAAGGGGACGAGUUACGUCGAGGAUAUGUGUUAUUGUGGAUUGUGCGACUUACGUGCGGACAGAUAUGUGCAUGAAGAGGCUCGUUUCAAGCAACACAGUGAAUUAAUUGCGAGUUCCUUUUUGAUAUAACGUCACGCGACCUCGCGUCAGUUUUGUGGCAAUUUGUGAUAUUGAAGGUGUAAACAUGGAUUCGAGAGUUCAGUGCCCUGUGUGCACUCUAUACUUACACAGUGGAAUGACUUUGGAGUCUCAUUUAGACACACAUCCAAAGGAUCAAGUUAUAAAGGCUUUAUGUAGUCUGUCAAGUAAGAACACCAAUUAUGGGAGUCGUACUUCAACUCCGUCGCAAUCCGAGCGUUCCUAUCAGAGUCGAUCUCGCACUCCUGCGGCGGACGACGGCUUGCGUUGGAUGGGCUCCCACCAGAGCUUGGAUAGCGAAAAAUAUUGGAGAAGAACACCAAGUAGAAGUAAAUUGACACCACUUUCUAACCCAUCAAGAAAUGUCACUCCUGAUAUAAGAAUUGGUGAAGUUAAUUUUGAAAAUAGUCAUAUUAACCAUGGAGGUCAGUAUUCUGAAAAUUCUUAUGCAAUGAAACUGGAUAAAACACAGCAGACAUAUGCAUCCAAUGUCCGAGUAGCAGAAUUUGACCAACAGUACCAAUAUUACCCAGAUCAAAGUGAAGAUCGUGAGAUUAAAUAUUCUCGUAGUUUGGACUACAAUACAAUUGAUAGUUCAGGUAAUGCUUUUACUUAUAACAUGCCUCAGAUUGCCCCCAAGGUUCCCGCAUCUGUUGCAUCAACACUUAUACCACCGAAAAAAAGUAGUGACCUUGUUAAGUUAAUGCCUAAACCUGAGUUUGUUAAGUUGCUGCCAAAGUCUAAUAAUAUUCUCUUCAAAAAUAUGAGUGGAGUACAAUAUAUAGCACCAGGUGUUAAUGUGGUGAUGCCAUCAUCACCUUUUGUCCAGAAAAAUCUUCAAAGUAACAUGAUAAUGUCUGGGAAUUUACCACCAAAUGCAACACUCAACACCAAGGGUGCUCAACCUAUUAUCCCCAAUCAGUAUAACCAGAUGGGAGCCAAUACCUUCUCACCGGGCACUACAGUUGUCACCCAAAACUCACAAAUUAUAUAUAGAGAAAUGGUUCACAACUUAGAUGGUAAACCAUUUAUUUCAACUAUGCCUAAUAUGCUCGGAGGUCAUGACAACCUGGGGAAUGUCACCCAGAGUAGUUCUUUAUAUCAGAAUGUUGUAGUUGUUGAUCAGUUUGGUAAUACCUCAUGUAUGUAUGCAAACCCUCAACAAAUAUUGCAAAAACCUUGCAAUGCUUCCAUUUACCCUGAAAACUCAUUACUGUUAUCCAAUGAGCAAAAGAAAAGAUGCAAUGAUGAUGUGGAUUGUAAUAAAACUCUAAUAAUUGAAGUCAGUCCAAUAAACACUCCAGCCACUAGCAGGUUGGGUGAUGUUAGUGGAAGUUCAUCUCUUGGAUCAUCAGGUUUGGAUGAAAACAGUAAACCGGAAGAAACUGAGCUAAAGAAUGAACCCAUUGGUACCACAAAGGGUCUUAAAAUCCUUAGCAAUAUUAAAGUGGAAGUACCAGUUCAACAUAAGAAAAGCAUGUUAAAUACAGUUAUGGAUCUAACAGGAACUAAUGAUCAAGAUUACCCUGAAAAUUCAAUAACACCAGACAAGAUAUUACCUGACUUAGAAGAUAAUAAUCAGAGUUUUUCCGAUGAAGGCACACAGCCUUCCACAGCAAGUGGUGAUAGCUUGGUGUCAAAUGCAUUUUCUGUGAUAAAAAAUGUAGGGAAUCCUCCAUCAUAUAAAGAUUCUCCUUCCAAGUCUAGUAUUGUAGGUAGCAAAAUUGAAACUGAAUUUUCUGAUAGUUGUCCUGUACCUGAUUUAAUAUGUAAUGAAAAACCAUCUAUUUCUCCAUGUAGUGAGUUAUCGGAACAUGGGUAUAAUUCUACAGAUAAUGUGCCAUUGUCACCUAAAGCUGACAGUAGUAGGAGCCACCUUAACACUAUCAAUGAAAAUAUAGAAGAGAGUAAAUUCCAACAUAAGGAAUUGAAAAAGAAUACCCUGAGGUUGAACAAUAUCUAUGUUAAAAAACACAAAAAGAUUCUGCAGAUUAAAAAUGCAAAGAUAAAUUUAUCUAUUGAGUCCUCCAAUAAGAGUGAUAUGGAGCCUCUACCAUCCUCUUCUAUCUGUAAGACACCAGAAAAUUUUAGUAUAAAUAAAAUACAUCAUACUGAAAAACUGGAAAGUCCAAAAAUCUUACAAACUGUGUCUAUUGAGAAAUUGAAAGGCAAUGACCAUACUGAGUUUGACGCUGACACAGAGGAGCAGUCUAUGGACAUAGAACCUAUCGCGCCAUCUAGUUUGAAUGAUUCUAAUCAAUUUUCCAUGCAUGAGGUUAAGGUAAAGGAAGAAUUUAAUGCAAGCAAUGAGGGUGGUUUUAGUAACCAAGGUAGGCCAUUACAGAAUAUACCACAGUUGGAGAGUUUGAGACCUAUCAAUGUGAUAUCAUAUGGUAACAUGGUACCAGGAGAUUUUGAAAAUGAGUCAAACCACAGAGAACUGUUGGACUUGGAGACUUCAUCGAAGAAUAAGCAGUUUGUUAACAUGAUGAAUGAAAAUUAUUUCGGAGAUAAUAUUUAUGCAGAUUACUUUACCCCAGACCGAGUUGAAUCUUUUGAGGCUCAAAAAGAGUCUAGUUUUAGGGAAGGGCCGAAAGAUAAUAUGUACAUUUGGGGUGAGCCUUCACAGAAGGAAUCUGAGUUUGUAUUGCCAAAUUUUAUUCAUGAGAGCUACAAGAUAGCUGAGAGUAAUGGGCCUGAUUACUCUGAGAUGGGUGAAGGAUGUAACAUUGGGAUGGCUGAUCGGUGUGAGCAGGACAGUAAAGUUGACAUGCUGAGUGAGAGUCGUAGUGAGGGGGAGACUCCAUUAAACAUUUGUGCAGAUGAGAGAAUGCCCCCUCGGGGAGAGCUGAGUGGACAGGAAAGUAAUGGAGAUAUGGAAUCACCAUGGAGUGGGAUGUACAACGAGGUUACUCCUUCGGAGCCCUACGACCUGAUGGCGCGGGAGAGUUGGGUGUCCGACGGCUCCGAUGUAGACACAAACGAAAAACGGGAUAACAUCGAGGAUGAGCUCCAUUUUGCAAAGAGUAGACUACACACGUGUUCUCAAUGCGGUAUCAAGUAUCCAUCCUUGAAGGAGCUCCGGACACACAAGGCUCUUGCCCACUCGCUGCCAACCUGCUCCAAUGGGAAGACCAGCUACAGUCGCCUCGUCACUGCCAGGAGUAUUAAAAAGGAGGAGAAACUGGACGAAAAUGUUUUAGAAAGGAAUCUCCUAACAAUAGAUUCGAAGGACUCAAUGGCGACAACAAUGCAGCAAGUAUAUGAUGCUAUCGCUGAAGCUAAGCCCGCUAUAGAAACCCUAGUGAAACAGGAGACUAAAAGGAAGAAGAAGGACUAUAUUUGUCCAACUUGCAAGGUGGAUCAAUUAACGGAGGUUUCUUUUAACGCCCACCUAAAGAUACAUCCAUUGGAGUGCCUCACUUGUGGGAAAUGUUUCUUCAAAAGAGGAAGUCUAGCUCUGCACAUGAAAACUCAUCUAGGAAUCAAGAAUUUUAAAUGCGAUCUGUGCGAGAAGCGUUUCGUGACGCGUCAGAAGUUGACGGAGCACCGCAACGUGCACACCGGCCGCAUGCCCGUCAAGUGCACCGUCUGCGACGACACCUUCCGCAGAUACUCCAACAUGGCGCAGCACAGGGACCGUCACCAUUACCAGAAGCGUGCCAAGGUGCGCGACUUCGUGUGCCACUGCGGCGCGGUAUACCACUCGAGGGCGAAGCUCCUCUGGCACAAGGAGACGCACGACGCGAAGCCCAAGUCCUGCCUCUACUGUAGCGACAAAUUCGUGCACUCCUCCUCCCUGACGCGGCACGUGCGCCGCACGCACAACGCUCACUUCCUCUCUGACAAGGUGAAGGGGAAGGAGGUUAAUGUACCCUGCCCUGUUUGCAAACAGAUAUACCUAAGGUCGAAUUUACGCGCUCAUCUAUUAAUACACAGCGGUAAAAAGCCUUACCCGUGCGUUAUUUGCAACAAAUCCUUCACAACCAAGUGGAAUCUCAAACUUCAUCGGUGGACCCAUAUGAGUCGGUCAGCUAAGCCGUUUAAAUGCCAUCUGUGUAAAGGUGCCUUUAUACGAUAUACGGAAUACAUAUCACAUAUGAAUUCGCACAAAUCUCUACGUCCAUACACGUGUAAUUACUGCGGCUGUCAGUUCAUCAGGAAAUAUAAUUGUCAACGUCACGUCAGAGAACACGAAAUGGCAAAGAAGUUUGUCUGCAAAGUGCCAGAGUGCGGGAAAUCCUUCCACAGGAGUUAUUAUUUGUCGGAACAUAUGAAAGUACAUAGUGGAGCGAGGCCGUUCUCUUGUAAUAUAUGUGGGAAAACUUCAAGCAAUAAAUCUAACCAUAAUAAGCAUGUUAAAAUACAUCAUGCAAGAGAGCCUGUCGCUACCGAGGCGUAGGCUUUGUGGUGACUUAGUGUUUGGUGGAAAGUGUUAAGUUAUAAUAAUGGUUGUGCUAGUUGCUACUAAAGUUAAAGUUAAUUUGAAGAUGUCUAACAUGAUAUUGUCAAGUUACGACAAGAUGUAACAAUACAUACUUGUUGGAUUCAACAAAAAAUCAGUAAGUAUUUUUUAAAAAUUUAACAAAGGAUUUUAGGUUCAAUUGGAGAGAAAUACAUAUAAAAGAUAUUUAUAUCAAAAUUUAGGAAAAUGAUGAAUUUUGUUCAUUUAAUUGUCUAUUUGCUAACUUUCAACUGAUUAUUUUGAGCAUAACACUUUUUAUCAAAGCAUUGACCGUUUGUGGGUAAAACCUGGCAUUUUUAAAGUCACCAAAUUGUAAAUAGUUAGUUAAAUUUCAAAUUAAAUUGUAUCUUGUAAAUACAGGACCAAGUGUGUUGAGAGCGGUUUAGGAAGUGAUUUAUGGUUAACAAAUUAUUAAGGCAAACUUUAAUUUGACCCAAAACUUUUCAAAUAUUCCGUAUUUAUUAGAACUUGUUCUAUUUUCAUGGACAAUAGAUAUUGAGAUGUCUUCUCUAUUAUGUAUAUUCACUGCUACAACAUUCAGAUAAAAGUAUGAACUCUCUUAUUCUUUACGAAAAUGUCGAGGUGUAGUCUGAUCGUAAAUCUAAAAAUGACGUAUGACGUCACGCGUUACCUGACGGACAAGCGUGGCGUGAGAGUAGUCAUCAGCCUUUUUCCCACGACCACUGAUUACAAAAAAUUUCGAAUAAUUUAAAACAACUAUAUUUGAUUGAUUUCUUUAAAUUGAUUUUUAAGCAAUGUUUUGGGUUCAUAUUAAAGUUUGUCAAUAACUCAUGUGUUUAGUCAAAUUUUAACUAAAUUCAGUAUUGGUACCCCGCUACAAGCAAUAUUUCACCAAUAUUUCUUACAUUUCUGUCGACUUUUUGUUAAAUGUGUUGAAACAUUGUAUUUGUUUGCAACGAACUUUGACACAUAAUGAAUUGUUGCCAAUUUUAAAAUGACACUGAUUAGAUUAAUUUUAUUUUUUAAGUAGUAUAAUUUUCAUUUUUUACUA